AUGACUGAUGUUAUUAUUGCAGUUCCCAGUGAAGAAAAUGAUGCUUGGGUAAAUUUAAAUGAUAUAAGACAAAAUGCGAAGAAACAUAGUUGGUUAGAAAAUAUCGGAAAACAGAAUAGUUAUGAGUUUUCAAAAGACAAUGUAAAAAUAAGUAUUAUAGGGUUAAAGGGACUAGUCACAAUAGAUAUACAAUUGUUAAGUGGAGUUAAUUACAAAAUGUGUAAAAGUAAUUUAAAACAAGAUGAAAUAUGUGCCUUAUUUUCAACUAGCAAUUUUUUAAAUCAAUCAAAUGACGUUCUACAUAAAACAAUUUUAUGUAACAAUUAUAAUUUAACUGUAAAAGAAAAAAUUGAUUUUUUCAACAAAAAUGACAAAUCGUUUUUGGAAGGUGUUAAAUGUAAAGAUAUAUUUUUCCCCAAUCAUAAAAAGGAAACUCAUGCGAUGAACAAAAUAAAUCCGAAACUAACUAAAACGAAAAUAAAAAAUAACUUAACGGUCGAAAUACAAAAAGAACAUCAUUUAUCAAACGUAUCUAAUGAAAAAAAUAUUCAAAUUACUACGUUGGAUUUAACCCAGUUCAAGUUUCAGCAAGAUCAAGUUGAAAAAUAUAAAAAGGAAAAUCCACAUAUUAAGAAUACCUUUUACAAAAAUGGUAACGAAAUAUCGCCAAUUAGCAUAACAAUUGAUCAGGGAAUUCCUUUAAAGGAAAAAGAUAUGGAUAACAAAAGUGUAUUAAAAAAAUUCUACCCAUUUAACAAAAUUAUUCAUGAAGAAUUUAGCGCAGCUUCGAAAGAAUGUCUUUUUGAGAGAAAAGAAAGUUUUACAGUUAAAAGGGGUACCCCCCGUGAUAAUUCCAUCCCUAAAGUAGCAAUUUCUGAAAAGGAGGAGAAGGUGGGGGCACACACAAAUGUUGAUCGUUUCUUUUCCGAUGCCCCCAAGAAUCUAGAUGGAAACUUCAAGGAUGUAGAAAUUGGUGUAGAAAUUGGUGUAGAAAUUGGUGUAGAAAUUGGUGCAGAAAUGGGUGCAGAAAUGGGUGCAGAAAUGGAUGUAGAAAUGGGUGUAGAAAUGGGUGUAGAAAUAAAUGAAGGAAAGCACAAUAAUACUGAUAAAGAACAAGAAGAGAAUCACAUCGAAAAAAAUAAAAAGGUAUACCAAACAGAGGAAGAAAUGUCUUCGCCCACGCAACAUCAGUUGAAUAACAUCAAGAGAGAGCUGAAUAAUGGGGAAAAGAUAAGUCUAAAUAAUUCUCAUAUGAGGAGUAAGAUGAAAGACAAAAUAAGAGAGAAGAAAAACAAUCUGAUUGAGAACUCUUUUUGUAAUAAACAAGACAUAAAAUAUUUCUCAAGAAAGAAAAGCAAUUUUAUUAUUCCUCUUAACAACCCAUUUGAUCAUAUAAAUUCCACAAAAAAUUCUUCUACAUGUUAUAGUAACUUCCAGAAAAAUAAUAAAAAAUGUCUAGAAUUGUGUGAUAUUUUAUGUACGAAGAAGGCAUAUCACAAACCGAGAUUUUUCUUCAAUAUGCAUUUUUCCAACCGGAAAGAUAUAAACAAGGAAAAGUUCCAAUAUAUGAAGGUGAACAAUUAUGACGUAUUGGAAAAGAAACAAGUAAGAAAAUGCAAUAUACAGAUAGGUAAUUCUUGUAACGAAGGGGAAAAGUGUAAUGGUCGUAAAAAUAAACUCCCUUUAAAUUAUGAAAAGAAUGAUGAUGCAGGUUUAAUACUCAACUUCAAGAGAGGAUACAAAGAAGCGUUGUUUAAUGAUCAUCCAAAUUGUUCACAGGAGGAUGACAUGAUCGAUAGCAAAGCGUGUACAAAUGAACAUGCAAUCGAGUCCUUGUUUGAUGAAAUGAAGAGUAACGUUAACAAAAUGGGAGAUUAUCAAAAACUGGAUAAUCAUAUGAAAAACGAAAUGCCCCAUUGCGCGAAAAACACAAACACAUUUAACAUAUAUAUACAAAAUAACACCGUACAGUACCAUGGUCCCAAACACAGACACACGAGAAACGUAAAAGGAAGAUGCACAUACGAGAAAAGAUGCACAUACGAGAAAAGAAGCACAUACGAGAAAAGAAGUACAUACGAGAAAGACGGACAAAGACACGUAACAUGUCAGCAUAAUUAUGAGAAAAAAAUAUAUGAACGAAUGUGGGACAAUUAUUAUGGUAAAAAAAAACACACAAAAGGGGGAAGCAAAUGGGACCGCAAGUAUUACUCUUAUAAUCAGCAUGGAAAAAAAUGUCUUAAUAAUAAGUAUGAUUUCAGCUUGAACAAAUUUAAUACAAAUAAUUUCAACAAUUUCACCUUGGGGACCAACAGAAAAUACUAUUAUCGAGACAAGAAAAGCGAAUAUUACACUUGCAAUCAUGUUAAAUAUGACUCUACUUUUUAUUCAACUAUUCCGUAUAAGGUUUACAACUGUGCUAAGGGUCAAAUGGUGGGAGGUACGCAUGAAGGGGGAACUUGUGUUAAUAUUAAAAAAUAUGAUAAAAAUAACACGGGUUAUCACAAAUUUUAUAACGGAAAUAGUUUUUACUUAAAGCAAAAUAGAAACAGUUUCAUGAAUAAAAGGUAUAACAAGAAGAAAUCAAAUGAUCAGUUAGAACCUUAUGAAUUUCACGAAAAUGUAAGUGGCAUAAAUGGCAUAAACAGCUUAAACGGCUUAAGCGACAUAAAUGAUAUAAAUAACCUUGAAACGGAGAUAUACAACAAGUUGACUUACUUAAAACAUUUUAAACAUGACUAUAGUAAGUGCAUACCAAGGCAUUACUGCACCUUUAAACAAUUGCUUAGCCCCGCUAGACGAGAAAAAAGACCCUUGUGGUUACACAAAAUGCUAAUGACAAACAAAUGUGGUUAUUGCAAUGAACAAUUUGAAAAUUUGAAAAAUUUAGAAAAACACCUUGUCCAUGUGAAAACACAUAAAAUAUUUUACUGUUGUGGAAAACUUUUCUCUUCUUCAAAAUUUUUAUAUAUUCAUCUCAGACGCAGCAAUCACUAUGGGUAUGUCUACUAUUACUAA